AGAGAGAGAGAGAGAGAGAGAGGAGGAAGAAAGUGAGAAAACAACGAAAGAAAGAAGUCAGAUUUUGUUUUUGGUCAUAAGUAACGAAGUAUGGUGGCGGAGACGAGCUCUGGUGGUGGCUCAUCGACUUCUCCGAUCAAAACCGUUGUCGUUUUGGUUCAGGAGAACAGGUCUUUCGACCACAUGUUAGGUUGGUUCAAGGAGCUUAACCCGGAAAUCGAUGGAGUAUCCGAAUCCGAACCAAGAUCCAACCCAAUCUCCACAUCCGACCCCAACUCUCCUCAAAUCUUCUUCGGCAAAGAAUCUCAGAACAUUGAUCCUGAUCCCGGUCACUCUUUCCAGGCGAUAUACGAACAAGUGUUCGGGAAACCGUUCAGCGACGAGACCCCGUACCCGGAUCCGAAAAUGAACGGGUUCGUACAAAACGCAGAGGCUAUCACGAAAGGUAUGUCGGAGAAAGUAGUGAUGCAAGGGUUCCCGCCUGAGAGACUUCCGGUGUUCAAGGAACUAGUUCAAGAAUUCGCCGUGUGUGACCGGUGGUUCUCGUCUUUGCCGUCGUCGACGCAGCCUAACCGACUCUACGUCCACGCGGCGACAUCAAACGGUGCGUUUAGUAAUGACACUAACACACUCGUACGUGGGUUUCCUCAGAGGACUGUGUUCGAAUCACUCGAAGAGAGUGGCUUCACGUUUGGGAUUUAUUACCAAUCUUUUCCUAAUUGCCUUUUUUACAGGAACAUGAGGAAACUGAAGUACGUGGAUAAUUUCCAUGAAUACCACUUGAGUUUCAAGAGACAUUGCAAAGCAGGGAAGCUUCCAAACUAUGUAGUCAUUGAACCGAGAUACUUCAAGAUUAUGUCGGCUCCAGCCAAUGAUGAUCACCCCAAAAACGACGUCGCUGAAGGCCAAAACCUUGUCAAAGAGAUCUACGAAGCCUUAAGAGCUAGUCCUCAGUGGAACGAGAUUCUCUUUGUUGUUGUUUAUGAUGAACAUGGAGGUUAUUAUGACCAUGUACCCACGCCGGUCAUUGGUGUCCCUAAUCCUGAUGGUCUUGUUGGACCUGAGCCUUAUAACUUUAAGUUUGAUCGACUGGGUGUUAGGGUUCCUGCAUUGCUCAUCUCACCUUGGAUUGAACCUGGAACCGUGUUACACGAGCCAAACGGACCGGAGCCAACGUCGCAGUAUGAGCAUUCAUCAAUUCCGGCAACACUGAAAAAAAUAUUCAACCUCAAGAGCUUUCUUACAAAGCGUGACGAAUGGGCAGGAACACUCGAUGCUGUCAUCAACCGGACCAGUCCAAGGACGGAUUGCCCCGUUACACUACCAGAACUUCCACGGCCAAGAGACAUAGACAUUGGAACUCAAGAAGGAGACGAAGAUCUCACAGAUUUUCAAAUUGAGUUGAUUCAAGCAGCGGCUGUCCUUAAAGGAGAUCAUAUAAAAGACAUUUACCCGUUGAAGCUCGUGGAGAAUAUGAAGGUUUUGGAUGCAGCUAAGUACGUAGAAGAAGCUUUCACUAGAUUCUAUGGUGAGUCCAAAAAGGCUAAAGAAGGAGGUCGUGAUGAACAUGAGAUCGUUGAUCUUUCUAAAGGAUCUACUCGUCAUUCGAAUCCAAAAUCUUUCGUUCAGAAGUUUUUCUCUUGUUUGAUUUGUGAUAAUUGAACUUGAUGUUAAAGAGAUUUUAACUUCUGAAUAUUGUGGUAUUUUGUUUUCCCGGAUAUUAAUAUGAAGAGUGUGUGAACGUUUAUU